AUGGAAACCGAGGAGAGCCGUGCUGCUGGCGCCUUCGACAAGCCCAACCACGGCAAAGACAAGGGAGAGGACAAGGACAAGAGCCACGGUGAGAAGCACAAGUCGAGUGACAACACCAAGGACAAGCCCAGCGACGGCACCAAGGACAAGCCCAGCGACGGCACCAAGGACGUCAUUAAAGACAAGCACCGCGACAAUGGCAAGCCUCGCCAUAAGUCCCACAAGCACAAAUCCAAGUCCAAACACUCCAACAGAUCCAGCAAGCCAGACAAGGACAGGGGUAGUAAACGCAAGCGAAGCGAGCAUGUCGAGAUGAGCGAGAAGCGGCGGGACAAGCUCCCCGCCUGCCGUGCACCCACCCCCGAGCCCACGUUACCACCAACCGACUGGGACGACGGAACGUGGUUGUGCGGUGUGCCGCCCGAGAUCACUCACAAGCUGAUGAGAAUGGUCAGCCAGUAUUCCCCGUCGCAGCAUAUUGAGGGGAAGCGCCGCAGGUCCUCGAACAGCAAGUCCGAGGGUAGUCGCAAGUCCCACGUAAGCCGCGUUCCCCGCGAGCCCAUUGGCGAGGCUGUACCCGUCCUUCCAGCCACCCCUGUUAUUAUUAGUCCUACACCUCCCACGUCGAUCGCUCCUCCCCGCGCCGCACCUCCCGCCAUCAAUGUUCCUUGCCUUGCUCCGGUCACUCUUACUCCAGCCCCCGCCUCCGCCACUCGUGCUCUGCCCCCGCCUCCUCGUGAUUCCGCGCUUGCUCCUCCCACUCCCGCUCCCCGUCAUGGUCCAUGGGACAGCGAGUCGCAGAGCCAGUUGGAGCCCGAACCGGAGCACGAGCCCGAACCCGAGGACCCAGGCAAUGACGACGAUAGCGAUUUCAUUCAGCUGAUCAAGUUCGAGGUCGACGAGAACGGGGACAUCAUGCGCCCCGCUACACCCGAGUACGACGAGCUCGACUCGUCCGAUGACGAGAAGCCCGAGAUUGAGGUUAUUGUGAUUUCUGAUGAUGACGGGCCGGUGCGUAAGCAGCCUCGCGCGGGGCCGUCUGGUCGGCGCGGCCGGACGCGGGCUGUUCAUCCCAAUUACCAGGCGUCCACUCUCCCGACCCACGCCCGCUCCAAUCCCACCCACCAGAUCCCCGUGCGCACACGCACCGAGCGGUACUGGAAGCGCUGGACAGCCAAGGAACUCCUCGACCUCCAUGCUGCCGCGCUUACCGACGCGCCGAACCGUUUCGCCAAUGCCGUUCCCGGACGUACGGCCCGCCAGUGCGAGUCAACGUGGCGCAAUACCAUUUACCCUGCUAUUGUUAAGAUGCUCGAGGAGCGUGGGCGCGGGUGA